GUUAUCGACACUGGCUGCGAUCAAAAGCAGUUUUUUCCAAAAAUGAAAAAUUUACGAUCUCUAUUUCUGGCACUUGUUCUACUAGCAGUGGCCCUGGCGGCAGAUGUCCCGACGGGAUGUGUCACGAUCAAGAACCGUCACGAGGGUAGAUUCCUGGCCCAUUCCAUAUCAACUCACGACAAGGAUCGGCGCCACGUAUCGUUCUGCACGGAUCCGCAGCCGUGGACCAUAACGGCUGAGGGGACCAACUUCAGAAUAAGGAACAAUAAGCAUGGCGAAGAAUUAUUCGAGUCUCAGCAAAAGUUCAACGGCAAUUACGUGUUUCUUUGGAUUAAAAAGUCGCUCAUAAACGAUGGAGGAGCGUCGUGGAAAAUAACGGAGAGUGGCAAUCCAGGGUACUUUCAUAUAAAAAAUGUUAAAUUUUCUCACUGUCUCUUUACGCAAGGAGGUACUGACUGGGUUGCGGCUUAUGAGUCGUGCGAUACCGCCAAAUAUGAAUGGAGGAUUGUCAAGUGCUAAAGUUUACAUUGAAAAUAAGUUAGUACAAUACGGCUGGUACAAAUCCUCUAAAAGUUUCCGUCACGGACAAAAUCCAACUUAAAGUGCAAAGAUUAAUAAAUUCUAUCAAAAAAAUUUCAGCCUCAA